CUCUUCGUCGGCAGCUUGAGCUGGAACAUCGACGAGGACUGGCUCCGCCGCGAGUUCGAGUCGUUCGGCAACAUCAUCGGCUGUCGCGUCAUCAGCGACCGCGAGACCGGCCGCUCCAAGGGCUUCGGAUAUGUCGAGUUCGACGACGCUGCGGCUGCUGCCAAGGCUCAGAAGGAAAUGAUGGGAUACGAACUCGAUGGUCGUGCCCUCAACGUCGACUUCUCCACUCCCCGUGAGAAGCCUGCCAACAAGACCUUCGACCGCGCCAACAAGUUUGGUGACAAGCGCUCUGCUCCCAGCAACACCCUCUUCCUCGGUAACCUCUCCUUCGACUGCACCAACGAGGCCGUCCAGGAGGCCUUCCAGGAGUACGGCGACAUCUCCCGUGUCUCUCUCCCCACCGACCGUGAGACCGGUGCCCUCAAGGGUUUCGGCUACGUCGACUUUUCUUCCACUGAUGAGGCUUCUGCUGCUCUCGAGGCUCUCAACGGCGCUGAGAUUGCCGGCCGUCCCAUCCGUCUCGACUUCGCUGCUGCCCGUGACGACAGCAACGGUGGCGGCCGCGGUGGUUUCGGUGGUGGUCGUGGCGGCGGCCGUGGCGGCCGUGGUGGCUUCGGCGACCGUGGUGGCCGCGGUGGAGGUCGUGGUGGUCGUGGUGGCUUC